CUCCGAACCAUACCCGAAAGAAGAAGAAGAAGAAGAGAGAGGAGGAAAAGGAGCAACAGAAUGCUGGAAGAAUCCAUCCCAUCAAUCUUGGCCUCCGUGUACGGAUGGUUCACGCCGGCCGUCCUCUUCGUUCUCCUCAACCUAGUCAUCGGAACGAUCGCCGUCGCCUCCAAGUCAUCCGGCACCGGCCACCACCACCACCAUCAGUCCGGACCCGAUGUAGACGACGGUGGCCAAGCCUACCCCGGCCGCUUUCUCCCCCACUCCCUCUCCCGAUCUCCCUCCAUCGUCCUUGAUUGCCUCCGCUCCUUCAACCUCCACCGCUACCGCUCUGGCGACAUCCCUCCUCCCUUGGAGCCCGCGCCCACCACCCGAGCUGAGGUCCUGUACGAGACUCCGAACCCGGUGGCUGAGGCGGAGGACGAGCACCAGCAGCAGCAGUAUUUCGGUCGGAGUCAGUCGGACGCGCAACCGACGGCGGGGGAGAUGCCGCCGAAGCUGCUGGUGCGGAUAAAGAAGUCGGCUUUCGCGCACUUCGAGGAGGCGGAGGUCGAGGCGGCGGGGAGGGACGCAGUGGAGGCGGAAGGCAGCGGCGGCGGGGAUGAGGUGGACGCACGGGCGGACGACUUCAUCAACCGGUUCCGGCAGCAGCUGAGACUGCAGCGCUUGGAGUCCAUCGCGAGAUACAAGGAGAUGCUUACCCGCGGAUCUUAGCAAAACAAUUAGUCAUGCGCCGACGACCGCUGACUUAAAAAUCUCAAUCAGAAAUAGCAGAUAUUUGGAACAGCUGUACCACUUGUGGUUGGGCGCGAUAUUAUUUGUAGACUUCGGACGGUUGUGAUAGAGAGUUGCGCUAUUCUUUUUCUUUUUCAAAUCAUAAAGCACUCUCUCUGUGUGCUUUGUCCUUUUUGUUUUGUUAGUAUUAUUUUACCUUUGCGUC